GCUCCAGUACACUCGUCACGUCAGAUGGUUAGCUAAUAGUAAAAACACUGUAAUACGCCUCGCUGUUGGCCUCUCGUUUCAGCACUACUAAGCGGUGUAAGUUGACAGUAAUGUAUAUUGGUCCGUUAUUUCCACUUUGAAGCUUCUCUCGCAGCGCUGAUAAUGCUGAAAAUGAAGCUACCGAUGAAAACGGGCGAGGAGGGAGGCGACGAAACGGCCGAGGACGAUUCAUUGGAUCAGCCGGAGCACCAGCAUAUCCCCAGGGCGGCACCUCCUUCGGUCUCCGACGGGUUGGAUGAGUCGCCCAGACGCAGCGUGCAUCCAUCCCAGCUGGACAAGGAGACUGUGUUUGAGUGGUUUGGCCUACAUCUAAACCCUGCUAAGCGGAUCGAGUUCAUGUGCGGACUGCUACACAUGUGCCAAGCACUGGAGCUUCGCUUUUUGGGAUCUUACUUAGAGGAUCUUACCAGGAAAGACUACCAUGUUUUAAGAGACUUUGAGUUUCGGGCUAAUAGUCCGAGCGAUUUGGGAGUUUUAACGGACGUGAUUGACCCAGUUGUUCGGUCCAAACUGCUAGUCUGCCUGUCCCUCCUCGGGUCUGACAGCAGAGAAUGUGCUGGAAUACUCUUUCGGAUACUGAGCCAUGUAGAUCCGGCCAUGUUCUACAAAAAUUAUGACUACUCCCUUCAUCCAUUCAGGGACCCUCACCAUCACCCGUUCCACCCGCCGUGUCAGGACGGGAGUGUGUACGGGCGCUCAGAGCAGAACUGCGGCUUCUCCGCUAACGACACAGCGGCAGGACCCCUGGAGCAAUUGGCACUGCUUUUUACUAUGGCCUCUCUCCACCCGGCUCUCCAUUUCCACCAGCGGGAGAUGGUCCGAGGACAGCUUGACAAAAUCGAGAUUGCCAUAGAGGAGGAGAGACGUCAAAGACAGCUAAGGAUAAACGCCCAGAUAACGGAGCUGACGGGUCAGAAGGCAGACUACCUGCUCUCCCCAGCACUGGGUUUGGGGGAAUGCACCGCCCCUCAUCCUCCCUGCCAGAGCCGCCGCUCCAACCGCUGGGCAACACAAAGAGAAGCAGUGCAUAUAGAGGGAAUUGUGCUCAGGGGCAUCUCUCGGACCAGAAUAGACAAGGAAUACAACUUUGAGGUGAAAUGGUCAGACUCUUCUUCUAGUAGUGUGACUAAAACCCAUCUGGAACUGGAGAACUUCCUUCUCAAGCUUCCUAAGGAUCAGUGUACUGAGUCUUUCGAGAAGAGCAUCCUGAGACUUCUGAACCAGGGCGACCGGAACGAGAGCAGGGAGGUGGAGAAGAACCUCAGGGAAAGGUUCCUGUCGGCUCCUCCAGUCUUCAGACAGACCAGAAAGGUCUGCAGCUUCUUUAAUUGUGACUCCAGUUACUCUACAAAACCUGCUUGCUGUAGAUGCAACUGCCAGCUGGGUAAGGCCUACCAAGGAGACUGCUCUGAUGCCUCCAGUCAGGAGGAAGAUUUGGAGUCAUAUGCUCAGGGACACAAGAAAAAGCACGGGACCAAGAGUCCAUGUCAAGGUCUGCCUAGUGCCAAGGGCUCCCAGGGGGACAGUCGGAGGGGGGGCCACGCUGCAGAGCUCAAUGGUCCAGCAGAGAGGAGGAAGAGCUGCACACUGCGGAGCAGCCAGGAGGCUGAACAGCACCAGGCCACUGAGAAGAGAAGUCACCCAGUCACUAAAACAAAGAGCAGAGUCCUGCCCACUGACAGGGACAAGGGAAAGGGCAAAGGAGCUGCCUUUGUAGCCAACGGCAGGUUGGCAGCAGCUCUGUCGCCUCAGAGGAAAGAUGGAGGUUCUGGUCCAGAUACGUUUGGUGAAACAUCAUCAGAAAGCUACAGCUCCCCAUCCAGCCCUCAACACCGAGGACCAGAGAGCCUGGACAGUGAGGACGACAACAACAAAGACACCGACAGCCACUCUGAUGACUCCAGCAAAGGUCCGGGUCCUGACGUGUUCUUUACCCAUCAGACUGAUCCAGCUGUGGUGGGGGCCGUCUCCUCUGUCCACCCUCUGUCUUCCAACAGCCACCAGGCCCAGAUGGGACCGCUUAGCCCAGGGACCAGCACAGAAUUCCCCCCUCUCUCCUUCAUGCGCUCUCUGCCCUAUGUGCUCCCCAACGGGACCGCAGACCCUCCUCUUCCUCUAGUCCCUCACCCCGGCCAAAGCAUCGUCCCCGAUGGGAAGCCCUCAUCUGGGACCCUGAUGAUGCAGAUGCCCCUAGUGCCUCCAGCUGUCCCAGGACCUGGAAUUGUGGGAGAACCAGAGAAGAGGGACAUCCCCACCUUUGGGAUCCCACCAAUCAGCCUCCACCCUUCAGGGAGUCCAGCUGUGCAGACUCUGGUUCAGAGGUUCAAAACACCUCUGUCUCAUAGCCCAGCUGGCACUGACGGAGCAUCAGGGGCCAGCUCUGCUCCUGCUGCCCAGCAGGCUCCACACCAGGCUCCUGUCAGAGCCAUCGGCCUCAUGUCUCCUGGUCCCACGUCCUUCUCCUCUCCUCUGCAGCAGUCUCUGCCCUGCCAAGACCCGGCCAGCGUCAGCUCCGGCCUGGCCCCCUCUCUGCCACACGGGGAGACUUCACAUGCCAAGCACCCCGGCCUGACCUUGCCCUCCGGCCUGCCUUCUCCCUACUCCCUUCCCCCCGUCCCCCCCUCGGUCCUACCUGCUGUAGGAGCUCCUGCAGCCACUGGAAUAGCUCCGUCUCCGGGACAUGUGCAGGCAGCUGUUCCUCCAGCUGUGCCCACCCACACGCCUGGACCUGCUCCCAGCCCCAGUCCUGCUCUCACUCACAGCACGGCGCACAGCGACUGUACGUCCUACAGCAACAGCAGUGCUUCCUGUGGAAGUGCCCCUGUUGCCCCCGGCAACCCUGUUACUCCUCAGCAAACCCAGACGCAACAGCUGCCCCCCCAGCAGCCAACACCACCACAACCACCACCACCACCCCCGCAGCAGCAGCAGCAGCAGCAGCCGCAGCCGAUGGGCUGUGGGACCUGCGGCUGUCACAACAACUGCGGGAGCCGAGGCAGCAUCAGCAACAACAACAGUGUCAGCGGGGCCCCCGGCUGCCAGGCACCUUUAUUCUUCCCCCACCAGAUGGCAGCAGCAGCACGGCAGGUGUUCAGCGUGCCCCCACCUCUCUUCCAGCUCACGAGCCUGUGCAGCAACAGUUACCUCACCCAGGCCCAGCCUCCUCACCAGGCCAAUGGCGCCACCACCUUGCCCCCCUUCUUCCCCAGCGCUCCACCUCCUGCACACCCGUCCCCCUACGGCCCCCUGCACACCCACCCUCACAGUCACGCAGACGUGCCAUCGCACAUGCUGGGCACACAGGCCGCAGCGGUGGCAGCCGCCGCCGCUGCAAACUACAACCUCCAGCAGCAGAUGGCGCCGGCGGCAUCAUUCUGCCAGCGCGUCUACCAGCAUGUGUACCCAAAUCCUCUGGGGAUGCUGCCUGCCGCCGCACUGGGAGGAGGCGGAGUCAAUAAGAAGAGCGGCAACGUGUCCUGUUACAACUGUGGUGUGAGUGGCCACUACGCUCAGGACUGCAACCAGCCCUCCAUAGACUCCACGCAGCCAGCAAAGGUUUUGGUGAGCAACCACUACUGUUUUUGGUGAAACCCUGGUCAAGGUGCAAAGGUGGAGUUUAAACUCUGCAGACCGCUGAUUGGUCAGACAGAACCAUCACUCACGCGACGACUCGCACAAACCCGUAAACUAUGCCAAACUCUCUGCUGUGCAGUGGAUGAAGUGCAGACUUCCCUCUGUUUGCCAGUGAAAGGAUUCAGGGAAAGUCCCAUUCGAAGAUGAUGUCAUGGCGGUUUCACAAGACGGCACUAUGGGGAUCAGCUCAGAAUCUUCACUUGCCCUGGUACCAAAAGUGAGUUAAGCCGAGUCAGGUGGAGCCGAACCAUGCAGUGUGAAUGCGGCAGGAGAGUCCAACAUUGAGCGCAGACUACGAAACAUUCAGCCUCAUCGCCACAAAGCGACACAUGCAGGUCUGAACUGCUGCAGAAAUGAAGUAAUAGCAAACAAAUGACUGCCAGGACGAUGCAAAACACUCAGUCGAUAGUUUAAGGUGAUAUAAAUGAGUUGAAUUAAGAUGGUGAAAAUGUAACGUGUCCGGUUUAGUCUCACUGAGCUGAAGUAAUACUUGCUGUUUCUCAGCCGUAACUGAUUGUAAAUCAUUUGUGUUUGGAUGCAUCUCUGUUUGUGUGCAUGUGUGUGUCUGUGUUUGUA